CUCAAUGCAAACAAAAGACAAGUAUAACCAUGAAGAAGUAGAAAUUCAAAAGACCUACGAAACUAAACGGCAUUCUAAGAAACAGUUUCUUUUACAGUUUCGAUAAAAUGCCUUUCCUCAAAUCAUGGAUCAAAAUUAUUUUCAUCACUGCCGUGGCAUUUUUUAUUUUUUCUGAAACCGUUUUUGCACAAGUAGAAAUGGGUUCUGAUGAGCCAGACUGCUCAAGGUACGCAGGUCGCCUACAUCAGUGCAACCGACGGAUGUAUCCCAUCUGUGGAAGUGAUGGCCGCGAUUAUGGCAAUACAUGCGUUUUCUGCAGCUACAUGUUAGCAGGUCCUAGGAGUGAAUGAGAACUGGUAGAUCCAAAGUCAGUCAGCAUAGGAGAAAGUAAAGGAGAAUUAAAAUUUUCUCAUUAUGGUAACUGCUGAAUUUUGCUGAUAUACAUAUACUUGUGGCUUUUAUUGUAAUUCUAUCUUGCUGUGGAUCCUACAAUCAACUGAAAUCCUAAUCAGAGCAUGAAAUUACAAGUCAACCUGGAAAGCUUUCUGUGGAAUAUAAGAUGGGCUAUAAGAUGCUCAAAGAUCUUUCCCCUGAAAAUAUGUGACUGAAGGAUAGUUAUUCUCUGUUGAAUUUUUAAUGAAACUUUGGAAUAUUAUUUUAUUGAUUGUGCACUUGCUAAUAAAAGCCUAGCAUCAUUUAUAACCAUAAAUAUUUCAACCAAUGAAAUGUUAAAUGUUUUUUCUUCAUUGCAGUCUAUUCUUAAUUUGGCAGUAGGAUAAUGCAUCUCAAUACUUUGGAACUUGUAA